AUGAGUAGUUCAGUAGAUACACAACACCAACCACCAAGUAAUAAAUUUUUCUUCCAUUUAUGACUAAAGCACAACAAAUUAGCUAAAUCUGUACCAAACGUAAACUUAUUAUUGCCUUCUUGAUUCUUGUGGUCAAGAUACUCUUUUUGUGUGUAAAGAAAGGUACUCUUCCGCUGAGUAGUGAUAGCUCCAUGGAGAAGAGUUUCCAACGAUCUGUUCUCCUUGUGACCUUGUCUCUCUUCUUCAUUCCGGUUUCAAUCUCAGUUCCAUUCAUUCUGUUUCACGGAAUUAGAGAUCAAUGCUCCAAUGGUGGAGUCAGCAGCUUCACACAGCUCCUUAGCAACCUCUCUAGCUCCCCUGGAUCUUGCUUAGAAAUAGGAAACGGAAACCAAGAUUCCGUGUCUAUGCCGCUUACGCAACAAGCGAAUAUAGCGUGUGAGAAAGUUAAAAAGAUGAAAGAGUUGAGUCAUGGUUACAACAUUGUUGCACAGUCUCAAGGUAACUUAGUCGCUAGAGGCCUAAUCGAGUUCUGUGACGAUGCUCCACCAGUCUUCAACUAUAUAUCUUUAGGAGGUCCUCACGCUGGCAUAUCCGACAUCCCCAAGUGUACUUCUCCAAUUUGCAAGUUGCUAAAAACAAGGGUCUACACCGACUACAUUCAAGAUCAUAUUGCUCCAAGUGGUUAUAUCAAGAUCCCUACCGAAAUGUCAAAGUAUUUGGAACACUCCAAGUAUCUGCCAAAACUCAACAACGAGAGACCUAACAAGAGGAACCCCGUUUUUAAAGACCGCUUCACUAGCUUACACAACUUGGUCCUUGUCAUGUUCCAGGGUGACACUGUAGUGAUUCCUAAAGAAAGUUCUUGGUUCGGAUAUUACCCGGAUGGAGCUUCCACUCCUCUUUUGUCUCCUCAACAGACAAAGCUCUACACUGAAGACUGGAUUGGUCUGAAAGCCUUGGAUGCUGCCGGAAAAGUUAAGUUUGUCAGUGUCCCUGGCGAGCACCUCAGAAUGGCGCAAGAUGAAGUUGUAAAAUAUGUCGUGCCUUACCUCAAGAACCAGCCUGCAGUUUCUUCUGAAUGCAGAUAUAACCGCAAGGCAAUGGAGACGACACUGCAUCCAUGAAUGAGACUUCGUUGCGAGGCUCUCGCCCAAUCAAUGUCUAACGUGAUCAAGAAGUUUAGUGAUAAACAAAAACAAUAGCUUCUCAUCAUGUAUUGACGCUAGAGGCUACUUAUUCUCUCUUUUAACGAUACAUGGAAUUCUAGAAAGCUCAAUAAAAGUCGAUCAUGUUUAGCAUGAGAAACGUUCAACGUGA